UACAGACACUGCCAGCCAUGUCCUGCCUCUAAAACAAAACAAAAAAAAUACUGUUUUUUUUAGCAUUUUAACGAACCCCGCCGCUACAUGCUUGCUCUGUCUUUCUAAAUUUGGUAUUUUUCGAGGUUGGACGUUUUUUUCAUUGAAAAGAAGAAGAAGAGAAGAUGUGUUCACGCGCGCUGAAGAUGAGCGGUGGCGUUCAGCUGUCAGUGAGCGCGGCGCUGCUCGUGCUGCUGCUCUCGCUCUCCGGUUGUUCAUGCAUGGAUGUGUUGAUGCCCAAUGCAAUAAAUGCUCUCAAUGGAACAACUGUCAAAAUCCCCUGCACAUUUACAUCCUGCUACAAGAUGGAUGCUACCAAGUUUGCCAUGAACUGGACCUACCAAGAAUCAGUUAAUGAUACAGAAGACAUGUUUAUGACAUACUUUAGGAAAAAAGGAAUGGUUCUGCGCUCAGACCGCUUUGGAGAUCGGGUCUCGUUUGUUGGAAUCCUGGAGAAGAACGACCUGUCAAUCACCCUUUCAGAUGUUCAGAAAGAGGAUGAGGGGUUUUACAAAUGCUAUGUGCGAAACCCUCCAGACCGCAUCCAAGGACUUGGUGUCAUAGAGCUUAAGGUUGUCACGGAACUUCCUCCUCCAAGAGAUUCAACCAUUGCGGUUGCAAUAGGGGCUUCAGUGGGUGGAGCAUUAGCUCUCCUGAUCCUUUCCAUGGUGGUAGUGAAAUGCCUCCGUCGUCACCAGAAACAAGAACUGAUUUCAGAGGAGAAGAUGGAAGAAGAAGGAAAGCUGGAGGCUGAAGGUGUUGCAGAGGAGGGAACCAAACAACCAUAGCUGGGUCAGCCUGUGGAGCGCUCAUUCGUAGCACCUCACCAGACAUGUGCACCCCCCUUCCUGAAGAUCUGUAGUAACCACAGCUUGAAUCAUCAUGCACUGACGUCCAUUCAUUCUGCGUGUGUGUGUGUGUGUGUGUGUGUGUGUGUGUGUGUGUGUGUGCGUGUGUGUGUGUGUGUGUGUGUAUGUGUGUGAGUAAGUGUGUACUGAAUGUUUCUAUGUGUGUGAGGGUAUUUCUAUAUGUCUGUGUGAGGUGGGUCUUUCUGCUUGAAAUACGCCAGGAAAACGUUUUCUGCAACGGUAUCUUCAAACACAUUAUUUCAUUCAUAGCUGCAAGUCAAUUUAAAACAAUUAGAAUCCCUUCUUAUUAUGAGAAUGCCAUGAUCGUAGCAAAUUGCACAACAAACUAGGGCUGGGUAGUGUGACCUAAAAUGAAUAGGAGUGUAUAGUUUGAGUAUGGUCAAAAAAACAUAUUGCAGUAUCUAAUUCUCAGCGGAAGUUUGAUAUAUCAUUAAUUAAUUGUUUGUAAAGUUUACCAUGGUUUAAGAGGCAGAGAUUCAUACUAAAGUUUAGUUUAAAGCUACAAUAUUUUAACAUUUCAGGAGAGGAUGUGUUGGUAUCAGUUUUAUGAUGGUUUAUUGUGCCGAUUCAUCCACUUUCCAGCUAUUACUACAAUCAAACUUUGGGAUUUUGUUUAAAUGGCUUUGGUCAGUUGUGAUUGGAAGAAUAGAUUUGUGGUGGUAGACAACAAGAAACAGGGUUCCCAAUUACAACCAAACCUGUCAAGUAACUGAUAUCCUUUUAAAAAUGUAAUUUCUGCUUUCAGGGUCUUCAAAAAAAAAAGGAAAAUAUCUGUAAAAAAAUAUCACAUAGCUUUCUGCCAGGAUCUGUCUAAAAGAGUGUUAGAAGCAUAAAGGAAACAGUGUGUCCAGCGUGUUGGUUAACAGCGUUUGGCUAGCAAAAAAGGGUCAGUUACAAAUAGUCAAUAGAAAACAAUAUGGCGUCACGUUAACGAUAACAUGACGGAAAGGCAAGUGUGUAUAUGGAGCUCCCACUCUCUCUACAAAUCUUGCUUCUACAAAGCUGUAACGCCAUUAAAUUCACCAGGACACCAAUAUUACGCUGUUGUGGAAUCAAUAUGAAUGUACAAAGACGUGCUAAUGGCGGAGCUUCUUCCUGAGCUACGGCGCUGCUGCGGAAAAUCUCACUCUGAAAAUGUUUAGUGAUUAUCCAGCAGUCUAAUUGUCAAAGUGUGUUUAAACCUAAUUGAAUGGCAACAGUUUCACUACAUCACCACUAAAACGUAUUUACCGUUAAUCACUAUGAUGAAGGUCUGGCAACUUCAGACUUUCACAUUCAGUCUUUUAAUAAUUACGGUUGAUUGCAUCAUGAGGCCUAUUGGAAGAUGUAGUUGACUCUUUCAAAGCUUGUCCAUUUAGUGGUAGUGAUAACAACAGAUCAAACCAAAUGUUUAUUGUUUUUACAUUGUGGGUUUAUGUAACAACUCUGCCUUAAAUCCAUGUCUCUCAGCUGCCUGUUUGGGCACCAUGUCUUAAUAUACAUUCAUGCACUUGUUAGCGCCUGUGUAAUCCCCCUUCCAACACUGGAAAAGUAAUAGUCUGUGACUAAGCCAUUUAUGUCUAUCUGUCUCAGUGUUGUCUACUCGUGGCCGACUUUCUCAAACAUUCCUCAUACCUAUUUUUAAGACUUGUCAUGGUGGGAAAAGCACUGAUUUAGAUCAUUAUAUAAACAUUGUCUUUUUAUUCACAGAGCCAUGACAGCAGCCCCAUGCACUACAUAGUUCACUAUAUUAACCCUCCAAAACAUUAUUUUUUAUAAUAUUCAAGAUUAAAAGUGGGUAAAAUGUGAAUAAACUAUAGAACACAAAGCUGUAUUAUAGAUAGCAUGGAUCGUACACUCUUUUCUACAAACAAUCAAGUAAAAUUGAGUGGAGCUUGGGAAGAAAUGAAAAUGUACAGCCCCAUGACAUUAGCUCUUGUGGUUUACCACAUUAUUAAUAACUGUACAAUAAACUCUACCCCUUUUUAUAUUGGGAGUGGUAAAUGAAUGAAAGAGGAGAUUCCACACAUGGUCGCUGAGACAGUAUUCCAUUAUGCAUAUUGUCAGGGCUCUGAAAUGUUAGCAGCUAAUUGUACUUAUCGUUAAAUUUACCAUUUAAAUCAGUGUUUUUCCAUAUUCAUGUCAACAUGUUUUAAAGCUGCCUUUGUCUGAUCUGCAUUCACUACUUCAUCAAUUUUUUUCUGAACACAAAUGUUUUUUUGUGUGGUUGUGUUUGUGUAUGUGUGUGUGUGUGUGUGUGUGUGUGUGUGUGUGUGUGUGUUCAAGAAAAGUACAAGCCCGCAUUUCUUCUGGUCAGUGAAGUGAGGUUGCCUAAAUUUUACAAGUGCUCUGGUCAAAAAAAAAAAGCAGGGAAUUGUAGUUUAAUGUUUUUCUAACCACCUAGUCUAACUUGCAGCUCAGAUUAUAUAUUUACUUAUAAAAACAGCACUGCCAAAUCUGAAAAUUUCUGCACUUUGCCACUUACUGGUCAUACCAGCCAUCCAUAUGGCUGAAACCUCUGCAUUCUCCCUGCUAAAUGCUUUAGGUUAUCAGAGAGGAGUGACAUCUUUUCCUGCAUAAAUACAGGCCUCUGUUAUGUGUAGGAUUAAAACAAGUGUCAGUCUUUGACCAUUCAAUAUCUGUACACCAUUAUACUAUAUUGUGCAAGGAAAUCAGUCACGAUUCUAGUUACUUUCCCUCUCCCUCACAUUAGGCUACAUAAAACAUCUUAGGAGUUGAUUAGGAGUAUGUGAUAAGGGAUGAAGUCAAGUCAAUUUUGGUUGACUACAAGACAAAAUGUUGUCAAUCACAUGUCAAUGACAAUUUAAAGUAACAAACACUUUGCAUCCACAAUCACAUAACCCAGGCUGGUGCCAACCUUUGAUUUUAAACUUUAUAUGAAUUGUAGGAAUUAAACAAAGGUGCCCAAAAAUAUGUCGACUCCCAGACAGUCAGGAAUAGAAGUUGAUUUAAAUAAUAAAAAGUUAUAAUAAAAAUGCUUAUAUUCAUGACGGACAGAAGGGGAAUUUAUUUUAGUUUGUCUCUAACCAUGAGAUGUCAUCAUUAUGACUUUGUCAAAAGAAGCAUGUUCAAUGUAUUAUAGUGCCAUGAAUGCAUGUGAAACAAUGCUUUAGUAUAUCAAAAAUGAGGUAUGUGUCUGUUUUACCAUAAAACAACAGCAACAUGGGUCAGUCAGUCAAAGCAUGUCUGGGUUUGCUUUUGGUGUGUCAGGGGUUUCCCUCAAUUAAGUCACCAGGUUGCACCAUUUUCUCAAAAUUAUAAUAAGUAGAUGUUAUUCUAAAACAUGCUUAGAAAUAUGGCUGACAUCUUAAAUGUAAAGACUGCCAGGGGUAUUUGGUUGCACUUUGAAGAGUUUUAUCUGCCACCUGCAAAAUACUGAGAAAUAAUAAGUCAAUAUUUCAUAUCAUGGAAAAGGAUCUCCAGCACAGACUUUGUUAGGGUCGUCUUUUUUACUGGAUCUCUAACUUGAACUGUGUUUUGUAGAGAUUUAAAUACAACUUUGAUGUAAUGCACCUGAAAAAACAGAUUCUCACACACACACACACACACACACACACACACACACAUAUAUAUAUAUAUAUAUAUAUAUAUAUAUAUAUAUAUAUAUAUUAUACAAAAAGAUUAAAACAUUCACCAUAGUGAACUGAAUAGAACUUUGGAAAAACAUAAAGCUCACAUUGUUAUGAUGGUAUAUUGGAAUGUUGAGUCGUUGUAAUUGAAACAUGGCAUGGUGGGUAAAAUAAUAUAAUGGGAAAAUGUAUCCGUGGUGCAUUUUUAUGAAACACUUGUUUAGAUCACCCUAAAUGUAUAAUAUAAAAAUAAAUAACGAUUGGAUAUUUGAUCACUGUUGAAAUAUCAUUUCACAUGGUUCAGCAUGUGAGUGUUGGUAACCACUGAAUGUCUAGUCUGUACCUAUGUUGAUAACAGUCCAGCUGUGUCACAAACUCAUAUCCAUGUCUUACUUGUAAUGUGUCAAGCGCUUAAUGCUUCCAAAUAUGGUAACUUGGCCAAUCCUGGUUUUUGAAUUCUUUUUCUCUAUCAUUGUAAAUGUAUUUAACUACCAAAAGCACAUCAGUGACAUCGCAGUAGUAUUCUUUAGACUGAUAGUGCUUACUCUGGGAUUAUAAGAAAGCUUGAAGUUAAAGGCAGGGUUGAUAGGUUUUGAAAGUAGCAUUCCCUCAGUGCUCCGUCUGCACCCACCCCCUCCCCUCUGUGCUCCCUCAAAAGCCAUGGCCCUUACUUACACAAGUGCCAUUGGUACAUAUGCGGAGCUCAGUUCAUGCUUCGAGUGUGGGCUCGUGCAUGCAUGGGGUAGAAAACGAGCAGGGAGACAGGGAGACACAAUUGGUUCAUCAAAUUGGUACCUCGUGGCAGACAUUGUUCAACGUUUUUACAGGCUUACAACUGAUACAUAUGACGGAUUUUCUUCAUUCCUUUUUCAGAGCUCAUGAGUUAUUAAUUCCUAUCAGGACCUAAAGACAAUUUGAACCAAACUCUUCCCUAAGUGUAUCAGGAGAAAUGACCAACCCUACCUUUAAUUAUACUGGAGAGCAGCAAUUAACAGGGUCUUAAGGUGAAUUAAUUAGUUGGCAAAACUUUAAAAAGUUAUUUGGUCGAGACAGCCAAUGCAUCACAGGUUCUGGUUCUAUUAGUGAACAUGCAUGUUUCAUUUGCAGGGUUUGAGGUGCUUGACCCAUAACAUGAUGUUAUAAAGACAAAAUGUACAUUCAUUUUUUUAAAAGGGGGUUUGGUUUGCCAUAUAAAGCUACAUACAUAAAGAUAUUUAAAAUUGAGUGUGUUUCUUAAUGAGAAACAAUAAAACACAAAAACAUUGAAGUUGAAUCUAGCGUCGGAGUUGCACUUGUGCAUCAUUCACCUCUGGAUAUGAGUUUGCCCUGAAUUUGCUCUUUUUUCACAUUAAAUGUUAGCAAACACCAAACGUAUGCUUGCACUGUGCUGCCUUUGAACAGGCAGCUGUCAUGACAUGAUGUAUUUUGAAUAAAGAUGAUUUAGGAACAUGUCAUA